UGCGUUUUUUUCGUUCUUUUCAUCGGAAAAUUUGUGAGCUUUCCCAUUUUUGUUUCAAAAUUCUGGGGAGACUUCGAUAAAACCUGUAUAAAAAGGAUUUUAAAUUGUGACGAGAAAGUUUAUAAAUUGUAACGCGUGUGUGUGUUAGUAAGAAUGGGGAAUGUUUUGGCCGCAUCGUCUAGCUCUAGCUCAUCGCUAGACGCUGCCAAAUUGGGAUUGCCGGAACUAUCAAGUCCGUCGCGGAACCCUUCGUCGUCCCCAGUGACGGGACUGGCGGGUCCCGGCGUUAGUGAAGCAGAAUUAAAGGAACAAAAGCUUGAAAACCCCGGCACUGUUGAAGAACUGCAUAAAAAAUGUAAAGACAUUCAGGCAAUGACCUUUGAAGGUGCGAAAGUUAUGCUAAAUAAGGGGUUAAGUAAUCAUUUCCAAGUCUCCCAUACGCUGAACCUCUGUAGUACACAGCCUAGCGGGUAUCGCUUUGGAGCUACUUAUGUAGGAACAAAACAGUUUGGCCCUUCGGAGGCUUUUCCCGUAUUGCUGGGGGACAUUGAUCCCUCCGGAAAUUUAAAUGCCAACAUUAUACACCAAUUUACCCCUCGUGUCCGUUGCAAAUUCGCCUCGCAAGUAAGUAGCAUCUUUGGUUUAACAAUUAUACAUAUAAAAGUAAAAACUUGCUUAUUCAGAUU